AUGGACGACUCUCCGGCCCAGUUUAUCUGGCCCCCAGCCCAUUCGAUCUGGCUCCCACCCCUGCAGAUUGGGCCCUCAGCUCAGUUGAUCUGGCCCAAGGGCCGGCUUCCCGUGGAGCUUUUUGAGACUAUCGCCGACUACCUCACCCGCAAAGAUGUCCAGAGUAUGCGCCUGGUCUGCAAGGAAUUUGAUAGCAAGGUUUCGCAGCUGUACUUUCGCAACGUAGUCCUCCGUUUCAGGCCCGGUAUCCUGGACAGCACAGACCCGAGGGAUGAUGCCAAGCAAAAUGCUUCUCUGUCCAACGCCUCGGCUGUCGUCGACCGAGGCGAGAACGUUUUCAAUACGUUUGGAGGCUACAUCCAAUCCUUUGCCUUUGCCCUGGAGCUCAGCGAGCAGGACCUCUGCCGCCCGCCCAUGAAGCUGAACCAGGAACUGAUCCCAGCGCCAUGGGGAUUCUAUCGCUGGCCUGUCGACAAGUAUGUGCGCUUCGGCAGCUUUGAGGACCUUGAGGACUCGGCCGACGAGACUCGGGGCAUCACCGAGGCCCUGAGCAAGCUCGUCAACCUCCGAGAGCUGGGCCUGUCCUGCGACGCGGGCUACGGCUACCUCAGCGGCCACGAUUGCAGGCCUACCCGGCACCACCGGGUGUUCCCGAGCUCCCGGUACGAGCCGGAUCCGCUACCCCCGGUACCAGUCGACAAUACCCCCAACCGCGAGACUUUCCUCCGCUACCGCCUGCUUAAGGAGAUGGCGCUGCGGGCGGGCUACGAAGCCGAUGAACAUAAGAAUGUCAUUGCGCUGCUUUUGAGCUGCGAGGGAAAGCCCAGCGACUGGGCGCAGAAGCCCCCCGAGGCCGCCAUUGUGGCAGCGCCGGGAGGUGGUCCGCAGCUAGGAGACGCAGUGGUACCACACUCGCAAGUCAAAUUUGGAGAUGAAGACUUUAGCCGCUCAUCCUUACUAUUCAGGGAUCUGAUCCCCGGGAGUCUUACUGCGAUGCAGAGACAGGUCCUGCUUGAGAUGAUGUGGGCCCAGGAGGCGCUCAUUCAGACCUUGACCAUCGCUGUCAUCGACUGCAAGGUCACCUUCUCCAAUCUCACGACCAUCACCAUUGCCCGGAUCCCCGGCAGCCUGGUGCAUCUCUUUCACCGGCAUGACUUCUGGGCCGCUUGCGAGUCGCUCGAGAAGCUCUCUGUCGCCGUCAUUCCCGACUGGCGAGUGUUCACGAAGAACCGCGACGAAGAGUUCUUCUUCAACACCCACAUCAGCCCCGUCACCUCUUGCAAGCCCGUGUUCCUCUUGCUGAACGAGUUCGUCGCUGCGCUUCCCCGGCUCGACGCCCUGCACUUUGAGUGGAUCUGCGGCGGCGAGCUGGCCAGGGGCAAGGCCCAGCGCAACCGCUGGGUCCUCCCUGCGCCGCUGGUCCUCGACACCUCCGCGCUGACCCGCUCGCAAGUAUCCUCUGCGCCUCGCGAGCUGCUGUCGCUACCGUCCGUCAAGCGGCUCUCUCUGAAGAACUGCUGGGUCACCCCGCACGUCUUCCUCCGAGUCAUCUCCGACAUGGCCGCCGACCACAACCUGACCGAGCUCGAGCUGGAGACGGUCUCCAUGACCGGCUGCCCCUCCGGCGGUCGCUCGCCGACCAUAGUCGUCCCGAGUGACCCGUUAGCACCCUGGCCGCUCUGCAUUCCAAAGGACCUCAUAAUGCUAAUGGCCGCGCCAAUCGACCUCGGACGGCUGAACGACCGGUUCGAGAACGAACUGGGCGGCGACACUUUGGUCGUUGUCAUCCACCCCAACGGUGACAUCACCACUGCCACGGCCAGCCAGCCGCAGCCGUCCUCCGAGGACCCAUCGCCCUGGCCGCUCCCGCCCAACUGCGCCGUCCCCUGCCCGGACCUCCUGAGCUGGGCCCACGUGCUCAACGAGCUCACGCCCGGCCGCACCAUCGAGGAGCACUUUGACGGCGAGGCCCGCCCCAAGGACGACGACAACUUCGCCGCCCUGGCCAGGGGCGCCGCCGCCUGGGCCGGCACCCCGCGCCUGCGGUCCUCGGCCGGCGGGCCCGCGCUGGCCACCCUCCUGCUCAAGAACUGCGGCUACUGCCUCGUCGACGUCGAGCAGCUCGACAACGCCUCGUGGCUCGGCCGCUUCGCGGACCCGCACGACGCCGUCACGGGCGGGCCCGAGCUCCUCGACGCCCUCGACGCCCUCGACGGCACGCAGCUCGAAUCGGAGGACCCGCUGCUGGCGCGCGUCGUCGACGUCCUCCGCCCGGGGUGCGAGGCCGCCGUCCUGCGCCGCGUGUUCGGCCUGCGGCUCGGCUGCCUCGGGCUCCUGUACGGCGCCGGGUUCGUCGACGAGAUGGCGCGCGACGGCCUGCGGCGCUGGGGCGUCGGCCGGUUCAGCGGCGGCUGGGUCCUGGGCGCGGCGAGGCCCGUCGAGGAGCUGUGGCCGCCGCCGCCCGAGACGGACGCGGACCGGGCGGCGAUGAAGAAGGAGGAUGAUGAACUUCCACCCUGGGCGGCGGAUCGCGUGGAGCCUGAUGUGCCCCUGUGGAUGCAGGCCCGGGAUGACGACGAUGAAGACUUCGAGGACCAGCAGGGGUUCCAGCAGUUGUUCCAGCAGGACAUGAUGGACCCUGAUCACCCUUUCGUCUAA